ACAUUUGUUUCUUAGUGCUCGCUAAGGGGGGACUCAGUGAGAGCCGCUGCUCAGAGGCUGCCUCUCACUGGAAGGAUGCAGACGGUGGAAGAAGCGAUUCCACUACAGUUAAUUAAGGAGCACUCUGCACGUGCCUGUAAAUGCAAAGGGGCAAAUGAAUUCAGUGUCAGUGGGAGCAGUGAUAUUUCAAAGGUGGAAUUGAAAGAGCUGUAAAUCUAUUUCCUGACUCGGGCUUGACGGUCAUUUCUGAAUCACUGGACUGUUGCUAUCAAAGUGUGGAGCAGGGAGGCAGAGUCAGUGGAGUUCCCUCCUCGAGCCAAAUUCAGAGUUAUUGGAUGGGAUCAACAUGAGCUGCAUUAUGGAUGGAUUUAUGUCAUUCUGUUGAGAUAUUUACACUCUCUCUGUGUUGGGUUGCUCAGCAGAUGUGUCCUGUCAUGUCCUGGCUGCUCUGCCUGUGCCUCUGGGUCAGUGUGACUGCCAUUCAGCUGUGUCAGGCCACUUUCUACGACACCAUCCAACAGCAUCAUGGGACGAGGCCUGGGCGAACCACCAUUCACAUGAUCGAGGGGGGCACAUGUGAAGUAAUUGCUGCUCACAGAUGCUGUAAUAAGAAUCGUAUUGAGGAGCGGUCACAGACGGUCAAGUGUUCUUGUCUGCCAGGGAAGGUGGCUGGAACCACCAGAAACAGACCUUCAUGUGUUGAUGCAUCCAUAGUAAUUGGGAAGUGGUGGUGUGAGAUGGAGCCUUGCCUGGAGGGGGAGGAAUGCAAGACGCUCCCUGACAACUCAGGCUGGAUGUGCUACGCCGGCAACAAAAUCAAAACCACAAGGAACACUCAGCCAUACACAACAUCAACAUAUUAGCACGUUGCAGAAAGGACGCAAGGAAAUGCCUCUGGUGCAAGGGUUAAUUUGCAGCACUGUCACAGGACCAAUUACCACAAAGACAAUGAACCUAUUGUUGCUUUAAGAAAUAUGAACACUUCUCAGAUUAAAGUGUAAAAAGAUGUAGAAUAUAUAAAGCACAUCCUGCUCAAGGCUUCUGAAAAUACUGAUGCUCCAAGCUGCCUGCGGGGAACUUCAUCAUAACCUUGUAAUGAAUAUAUUUUCAUCAUUUCUUUCUAACUUUGAGAUGGAACAUGAAUGUCAGCAUUUGGAUUAAUAUCUGGAUAGCAUCUGAUGUCCCUCCUCAGACAUCAGUGAGACAGAUGUCUACGAGGAGGCACCAGACAGGAGAGGAAUACAUCAAAGGACGUGGGAUGAGCAAGACCAGUAGUUGACAGCCCUCAGGAUUUUAUUUUCUCUUUUUAAUAUUCUAAGAGGAAAAAUAUUGUACAUAAAUUGUUUGUCAUUUCUUGUGCACAUGAACUUUAUUUAUGGUGGUGGUGAAUAUCGAUCAUUCGAGUCCCUGAAUGCUGUCUUGAUCUUCCCUUUUCUUACCCACAGAACCCAACACAGCCAAAGUUUGGACGAGGUCAAAGAGGUUUGACUUGACAAUGAAACAGAUGUAUUGUGAGGGAGAUGUUUUACAAGUACAGCUUGUGUGUCUUGAUACUGUAUAUUUUACCACUUGUUUGUAUGGUACUAGUAUGCCUUUGAUCACCUCUUUAAUUACUUUACCAGUCAAAUUUGGUAACACGUCAGCUCCCCUGAAACUGAGUGAUUCACCAAAAAUGUGAUACCAGUAGGUUGUUUUCGAUACUUGAAAUGCCUUAUUUGUGUCAAAUCAUUGAGAUGAUGAUAUUGUACAUAUGAAGCCAUCUAUUGAUAUGUGCUGAAAUUCCAUUAAAGUCAUUGUUCCUGUAACUAAUGUGAGUGCCACUCUUAUCAUAGUAAUCACACAUCUGUUGAUGCUAGAGCAGCCAAAUCACUGCUUUAAAAAGGAUCAUUUUGGCCAGUUUUGGAAAUAGACUUAUUCGCAUUCUUUCUGAGAGUGAGAUGAGAAAAUUGAUACCACUCUCAUGUCUGUACGCUAAAAACCAAGCUGGAAGCAGAUGACAUUUAGCUUAGCUUAGCAUAAAGACAGGAAGCUGGGGGAAACAGCUAAGCCUGGCUCUGAAGAAAGUCAACAAAAUCCACCCACUAGUCCCUCUAAAGCUCACUAAUUUACAUGUUACAUCUAAUUCAUUUGAACCGACAAAAACUGUGUAAAAAUUAAAGUGUAAAAAUUACAAGUUGUGGGUGUUUCCUCGCCGGAAGCAGUGACUUCCACUACUCCCUGCCCAACCAAAAACCAAACAUAACUUGCCGCUUUUACAAACUUGCAGAUUAAACAAAUGAGAUAUAAAAUGUAAAAUUUGUGUUCCUAAGAUGUGUUGGUAGGUGGACUUUAUUACUUUUGUAAAGUCCAGCUAUAAG